UAUAGGUAAUGUUGGUUAAAUCCUCUCCAAAUGUGUUAUUAUUAACUUCCUCGAUAUAAAAUGAAUAUUUCACCCGGCCAACCGUUUGUAACAUAGUCUGUCAAGUUCUUAUCCAACGCCAGCAGCGCGAAUUGAAUAGAUAGAUUUCAACAGUUUGAGGCUAGGCUACAAACGGUUUAUGAUGCGCUGUCCAUGGUGCUAAAAUCGUUUCCUCCGGUUCAGGACUUCAGUCGGAAACUGAGAAUACAUAAAUCCAGUUAAAAUGUCUUCUUCGGCUUAUUAAACUCGUCUAUUACACCGACUUCUUUGAUGUGUUUGUGCAAUUAUCUAUCUUCCUGUGUUGGGUUUGGAGUUGUGCGCGUGAGGUAGCGCCCAAAGGGGUGGAACGAAGCGAAGUUCCGUAUCUCUCUCGUGAGCCAAGCUGCGUACGGGCAGUCUCACAACGCAAUACGCUUACCGGAGAGAGCCAUACAUUUCGUGUUGUUUGUAGCCUGCUGUUUUCUGUUAACGGACUAAAUCGCCGUUGUUUCACAGGGUAGGGACAGUUCCCCAGUAGACUACCGGACGAGAGAUGAAUCAAGCUGCGCGAGGGACUUUGCUGCUCCUGGUCUUGGUGUUGAUAAUGCAAGACUGCUUCUCCUCUAAGGGGGAGGACAGGUUGUUCAGGAGGCUGUUCCGGAGGUACAACCAGUUUAUCAGGCCGGUGGAGAACGUCUCAGACCCCGUCACCGUGGAGUUUGAGGUUUCCAUGUCACAGCUCGUAAAAGUGGAUGAAGUGAAUCAGAUCAUGGAGACAAAUCUGUGGCUGAGACACAUCUGGAAUGACUACAAACUGAGCUGGGCCCCAGUGGAGUUUGAUGGGAUUGAGUUCAUCAGAGUUCCAUCCAACAAGAUCUGGAGACCUGACAUAGUGCUUUAUAACAAUGCGGUGGGAGACUUCCUGGUUGAAGAUAAGACCAAAGCUCUGUUGAAGUUUGACGGUACAGUCACCUGGGUUCCCCCCGCCAUCUUUAAGUCCUCCUGCCCCAUGGACAUCACCUAUUUCCCCUUUGACUACCAGAACUGCUCCAUGAAGUUUGGCUCCUGGACCUACGACAAGGCCAAGAUCGACCUGGUGCUCAUUGGGUCAAAGGUCAACCUCAAAGACUUCUGGGAGAGCGGCGAGUGGGAGAUCAUCGAUGCUCCGGGCUACAAGCACGACAUCAAGUACAACUGUUGCGAGGAGAUCUACCCAGACAUCACCUACUCCUUCUACAUCAGACGCCUGCCUCUCUUUUACACCAUCAACCUCAUCAUCCCCUGUCUCCUCAUCUCUUUUUUAACAGUCCUGGUCUUCUACCUGCCCUCCGACUGCGGAGAGAAGGUGACCCUCUGUAUCUCUGUCCUCCUCUCCCUCACUGUGUUCCUCCUGGUGAUUACUGAGACCAUCCCGUCCACUUCCCUGGUCAUCCCCCUCAUCGGGGAGUACCUCCUCUUCACUAUGAUCUUCGUCACUCUCUCCAUCGUCAUCACCGUGUUCGUCUUGAACGUCCACUACCGUACACCAAUGACCCACACCAUGCCGGGCUGGGUCAGGUCCGUCUUCCUCAGGGUGCUACCCAGAGUCAUGCUGAUGAGACGGCCAAUAGACCAGGACGGCAAGGCCCUCUGUUCAGACAGCGGGGAGGAGAGAGGAGCAGGAGGAGGAGGAGGAGGUAGAGGAGGGAAAGGAGGAAAGAAGAGGAAGAAUAGUCUGACGGGAGGGAACUGCCUGGAGUUCGGAGACAACAAACUGACUGAGGGAGGAUGUGGAGAAAGAGGGGGAAAGAAGUGCCCUUGCCCCUGCCAACAUGGGAAGGAGACCCCAGAGACAACAGAUCCGGGGAAACUGAGCCGCCAGCUGAGUCCUCAGAGCAUCAACACGGUGGUGGCCUUCUCCGUCCUGUCCCCGGAGAUUAAACAGGCCAUCGAGAGCGUCAAGUACAUCGCCGAGAACAUGAGGAGCCGCAACAAGGCCAAAGAGGUGGAGGAUGAUUGGAAGUACGUUGCCAUGGUGAUAGACAGAAUCUUCCUGUGGGUGUUUGUGACAGUGUGCAUCCUCGGAACCCUUGGCCUCUUCCUGCAGCCUGUCAUUGGCUUCCUGUCAUAACCCAGAACCAAUAAGGGCUCACUGACACCGCCGGCCGCCUCGACGUCUCGACCAGUCACCAAUCAGUGUUGUCAGUCCAACGCCACCAAAUGGACUUGUUGGCUUUGUGUUGAAAAUUCUAAAUAAAUAAAUGACACAAUCAUACUGUAUAUAUUGUAGACACCAAGAACCAAUCAACAGUCACCAAUCGGAGUCGCCUGGUAUGAGUCAGAACCAAGAACCAAUCAGAGUCACUGGAUGUGAGUCAUAACCAAUUACCAAUCACAUAAAUCAGGUUUCUGUCGUGAACCAAUCCCGGUUAUUGUGCUAUUGUGUCUCAACCCAUCAGAUUGACAUGACACAGCGCAUUCUUGGAAAAAAACUACAACCAACCAAUCAGAGAUCCCGUUCUUGCCUGGUCAGGCGAUUAGAAUCCAUCCAUGUGAUUUAGAACAUGACAACGUUGUUCUUAUCAAUGUUCUAGAAGGUAUAAUUGGCAAGGCCUCUGUAAAUACAUGCUGGAUUAAAUUAUCCUGAACGGUUUCCAUCCAGAAAUAGCAGCUUCCUCUUCUAUACAGAUAUUAAUUAAUCUAAAGGAUUUCUAUCAUCCGAUUCCAUGGUUAUUCAUUUGUGUUUUUUAUUCAUCCUUUUUAAUUAAGUUUCUCGAUUCAACGAUCUUCUGAAAUACAAUACGUAGAUCAUGCAUGAUGGAUUUAGAAUGGCUUCUUCCCAAUUGGCCAUCUAUACCUCACAUAGUGCAUUGCUUUUGACAGAGCCCUGUGGGCAGCACUAUGCGCCCUGGUCACAAAUAGUGCACUACAUAGGGAAUAGGGUGCCAUUUGGCAUGCAGUCAAUGGUUGACCAGGGCCUCUGCAUCUAUAUAUAAUUACUAAAAGACAAUUCUAUAAUCAUUAUAAUUGUAUUACUAUACAGUACUGUCAGAUUUUAGGAUAACAGUUUUUUUUUUUGUAUGGUUAUUGUCAUUAAUCCAAAGGCUUUUCGUUGUUUGUUUAAUUAGCAAUGCACACCUCGCACUCAAGUGACUGUCACUUUUGUACCGAUGUUUCCUGCUUUCUGUAUAGUAUGGAUGCACUACUUUAUGGAUUUGGAAUAAAUGCAAUAUUUCUCCAAAAAUAUGAAAAGCA